AUGACUUGUUUUCAGUUCGGCCGAAAGCGGCGACGGCGAAAUGAUCGAAAGAGAAAGAUGACGGGGCAUGAGGAAGCGGAUCCGCCGGCCGAGGAAAACGACGACGAACCGAGCGGCAGGACCUCCAUCGGAUGCUCGCCGCUCACCAGAAGACGCAGAAAGUCCGCCGCCGUCGGUGAGUUAUCAAGACCGGUUGGGGAAUGAGUUCAUCAGCUUUAUAAUAUCAAAAGUCUCUCCUCAUCCGGUCUAUGAUUCUUGAUUCCUCACUUCAUUUCCCUUCUUGAAGUGAUGGAUUUCCAAUGCAGCAUAUUAAUUUUCUCCCUUUUUUCACUAAAAGAACACAAGAAUCUCUAGAUAAGAGUGAGGAAACCCAAAAAAAGAAGAAAAAGCAGUGAAGCACAUCUUUUUGGCUCUCUCAGAAAAAAUGAACCGAAAGGAGAAAUUAGGCGUCUUCUUCCUUCUCUGCUUCUCUCUCUCUCUCUCUCACUCUCCGAUUUUCAUUUGCACAUUUUCAGCUCUCUAGUGUAUUCUUGAAAAGAAAAGAAAACAUUUCCGAAAAAAAAACAAUCGCAUCAUUUCCUUUUUCGCCUUUUUCACAACCAUCUUUCCGGUCAAUGUUCAUACUUUCCGCCCCCUCCAUAAUAACAUUAUCGUUCCCUUUUCGGUUGCAGAACAUGCGAUUCUCCACUUUGGCUCGGAUAUUUUUGAUAUUUCGGCGCAAAAAGCGGAAAAUUCGUCGGGAGCCCACAUUCAUGUCUUAUCGGGUGUUGAGAAGUAGGCCGGUUUGGGGGGACUCAUAGAAUAUUUUCGGAUUUUUUAGAAAGCCCAAAUGUUACGUAUUCAGGAGCUUCCUCAUCCGACAAAACCGCACAUUCGCCACGAAAAUCGCCCGGAUUCCGAUUUCGACGCAUUUUCGACACUUUCACAUUCACCAGGUAUCAAUCCGUUCGUUUCGAGACCCUUUUGGACUUUUGAAUCGUAUAGUUUUGUCACUUUUUCAUUCUAUGACGUGUGGGUGUGUGAUUCAUGUGUCUAUGCAUAACAAAAAGUCCAUGUUUUGGGAGCAAGGCAUCUGAAAGAAUAAGAAGUUACUGUACUAGUGGGACAUCAUUGGAAGCGUCCUGAAGGUUCAGCAACUAACAAACGGUAUAUUUGGGGCGUUUUUAAUGAUCCAUUCUAGACGACUGACAAUGAGAAGCGUUCGUUCAUCCAAGCUUCAUAGAACUCAAAGAUUAGACAAAGAUAUACUUCAGGAUCUCUUUGUGAAAUGAAAAAUCUAGUCAGAUCGGGCCAAUAUUGAUGGGCUUACUUUACUGUUCUCUUAAUUAUACAGUCAAAAUGCGUUUCCCAAUUACAGAUCCCUGAAGCCACAAUACUCGCUCGACCAGAAUGCCGUGAGUUUCAGCUCUUUCCAUCUCUCCCUCUCUCUCUCUUUCUUUCUUUUCUCUCCCCUCUCUUUCUUUUGCGCACUCUCUCGCGUUGCGAUCAUUUUUCGGAAAUAAAACGAGGCGAUCCGUCCGUCCGUUCAUGGAAAAAAGCAAUAAUAUUGCGCCUUGCGAACCGCUCUCUCUCUCCUCUUCCUUUUCGUUUUCGCCGCCAUUUUGAUCGAAACCGUUGAAAAUGGUGAAUCUGAAUCUGAAGAGCAUCGUGCGGCGCAUCAAUUCCAACACUUCCGCAAGUCACAUUUCCAAAUUGAAAUAUCGAAGUUUGUCGUCGACGUUGGUGGUCAGUUUUCUAGAGAAAUCAACAUUAAAAACAAUGCAAAUCACGGAUUUAAUGUGUUUUAGAACGAUGAAGAGUCGGAGGAGAAAAACGGCGAGUUGGAUGUGGUCACUCUGCUCCUGGAGGUCCGGCUCAACAACGGAGAGGAUCUUCCGGUCAAGGAUGCUUCAGGUCGGACUCCAAAAAAAAAAGAUCACCCUAAAAACAUGUAACUAUUCCAGGCAGCUCGGAUCCGUACGUCAAGUUCCGUUACAAAGAGAACGUCGUCUACAAAUCGGGCACAAUCUUCAAAAACCUGAAUCCGUCGUGGGACGAGGAGUUUCAGAUGAUCGUCGAUGACGUCACGUGCCCCGUUCGGCUCGAGGUUUUCGAUUUCGAUCGCUUUUGCACGGAUGAUUUUAUGGGCGCCGCCGAGGUCGACUUGUCGCAGGUCAAAUGGUGCACGUGAGUGGAAAAGAAACGGAGAAACCGUACCAUGUUCUCUUAAGUCCCACCGAAUUCCGGGUGGACCUUCUCGAUGAGGUCAAUCAUCCGGCUGGAAAAGUGUCGAUUUGUGUGACAAUCACCCCGAUGACCCAGUUGGAAGUACAACAAUUCCAUCAAAAAGCGACUAAAGGUGUGCUGACGACGUCGGAGAAAAAGAAGGAGCGAAGUCGGUCCCCAGUUCGUCAUCCUUAUAACUAUCAGAGUUUCCAGCAAACACGCAAGAAUGGGCAAAGAUCGUGAACAUCGUACUCGUCGAGGGAAAGGGUAUUCGGGUGGACGAACGGUGUCCGGACGCGUUCUGCAAGUUCAAAUUGGGACAGGAAAAGUACAAGACGAAGGUGUGCUCGAGCAUUGAGCCCGCCUGGAUCGAGCAGUUCGAUUUGCACGUGGUCGACGCGGCCGAUCAGAUGCUGCAGAUGGCCUGCAUCGAUCGGAAUACCAAUUCGAUCAUCGGAAGGUUACCCGCAAUCACUGGGAUCACGAUCUUUGUAGGUUCCUGGUUUCAGAUUGGCCAUAGACCUGUCGAAUGUUUCUCUGGACGAGACUGUUCAGAACUGGCACCAUUUGGAAGGUGCUCCGGACGAUGCUCAGGUCCUUUUGCUCAUAACAGUUUCGGGAUCGCAUGGAGCCGGAGAGACUAUCGAAUCGGACGAAUUCAACUACAACGACAUCCGGAACAGCAGAAUCCAAAAGUACGAUAUCACGAACUCCCUCGCGGAUUUGUCCGAUAUCGGAACAUUGACUGUCAAGCGUAAGUGUAUAGGAAUUUGUUCUAUCAUUUUAUGGAUAUUUUUCUCAGUUUUCGGUGCUGAGGACCUUGUCGCCAAGGAUUUUGGCGGGAAAAGUGACCCGUUCGCAGUGCUCGAAUUGGUGAACACACGCGUUCAAACGAACACGAUCUACAAGACAUUGAGCCCGAGUUGGAACAAGAUUUACACUUUGUACGUGUGUGCCUUCCGUCAAUUUGCUUUUGAAACUUCAUUUUUAGUGCCGUCAAAGACAUCCACACGUGUCUCCAAGUGACAAUUUUCGACGAAGAUCCCAACAAUCGGUUCGAGUUCCUCGGCCGCGUCCAAAUUCCACUAAAAUCAAUUCGAAAUUGCGAGAAGCGGUGGUACGGGCUCAAAGAUGAAAAGUUGAGAAAACGGGUGAAAGGGGAGGUGCUUCUGGAGAUGGACGUCAUCUGGAAUCCGGUCCGCGCCGCCGUCCGCACGUUUAAGCCCAAGGAGCGCAAGUAUUUGAGCCAGGAGCAGAAGUUCAAGGCCUCGCUCUUCCGGACCUACUUCGGAGAGCUCAAAGAGGUGGUGAACGUGCUCGCCAACUACAAGAACCAAGUGGAAUAUCUGCUGUCGUGGCACUCGAAACCCAAGUCUCUCACUGCUUAUGUCGUGAGUCCAUGUGGUCUGAGACUUUUUUAGACCCCAAAGUUUUCAGAUAUUCAUGUUGUUCGUGUACUUCUUCGAAAUCUUCUUCAUCCCCCUCCUGAUUCUAGCCAUCUUCGCCUACAAUUUCGUCAGAUCGAAGACUUCCGGAGAAGAAAACAACUCGCCGCGCCGCUCGCUGCCACGUGGCCAAAAGAGCGAGGAGGAGGACGAGAAGGCGGGCACCGGGAUCCGCGACGCGAUCACUUCAGUCCAGGAGAUCCUUUUGUCCGUCCAGAUCCACCUGCACUUCGCCACGCAACUCCUCCAAAAGAUCCGCAACACGUUCAACUUCACCGACAUUUGGCUCUCGGCGCUCGCCGUCCUCGUGCUCUCGCUCGCCUUCCUCCUCCUCUAUUUUGUGCCGCUCCGCUGGAUUAUUCUCGUGUGGGGCACCAACAAAUUCUCGAAAAAACUGCGCAACCCGAACUUUGUGGACAACAACGAACUGCUCGACUACCUGUCCCGCGUGCCUUCCCGAACCGAACUCGUCAGUUUUUAGGUCGAAAAUAUUAUAUUCUGUCUGUUCUUCUUUCAGCAAGAGCAAUCGAACGAACGUGUCAACCGACCAACCAGCCUGUGA